GUUCGAGCGCCGAGAUUGAAGCGGAACACGAGAGCCUCUCUCCUACAAUGAGAGGGAGGAGAGGAAGGCCGCCCAAACAAGCAACCGAGAUGCGGGAAGGUUCACCCGGGCCAGUCCGGGGCUCUCAAGGCGGCAGGAUUAGAGGGAUGCGUGGACGGGGAAGAGGCAGAGGAAGGGGGCGGGGAGGAGGCGGCGGGGCUUGCAGCGUUGGCACCCUGGAGGUGGAUACGGACGUCGGGCGAGAGAACUUUAAUUCGUCUCGCGGCCGUAAGAAAGUUGGAGGCUCCACCGCGGCGGCUGCGGCGACAUCACGGAGCAGAGGCAGGGGCUCGAGAGGCGGCCGCGGCAGCAGAGGCGGAGUGAGGCGGCCUCAAACCAAGGUGGUGUACGACGACAACAGCGACGAGGAGGACGAAAAUUUAAGUUACAGAUCCGACGAGGACGAACUGAACGACAACCCGUCGUCGGGUGUGGAAGAUGAGGAGGCCUUGGGAAACGACUCUGACUAUCUGGAGGACCUACCGGAUGAUGAGGAUGCCAGCUACUGCACGGAGAGUAGCUUUAGGAGCCACAGCACGCUCGAGAGCACCCCAGGCCGGAAACGGAGUCAAGCUCUGCGACCACGCUCUCCUAUUCUUGAGGCCAAGGACAUUCCUCCUUUGGAGCUUCCCAAGUCAUCUGAGGAUCUCCUGGUUCCUGCUUCUCAGCUCCUCAAUGUUUCUGCCAUCUACGAGGUUCUACGCAACUUUGGCACUGUCUUGCGUCUCUCCCCGUUUCGUUUUGAGGAUUUCUGUGCAGCCCUAGCCAGCCAAGAACAGUGCACACUGCUGGCAGAGACGCACAUCUCCUUGCUCAAAGCUAUUCUCAGAGAGGAGGACACUUCCAACACCACAUUUGGACCCGCUGACGUGAAGGACUCCGUUAAUUCCUCUUUGUAUUUUGUGGAUGGUAUGACCUGGCCGGAGGUGGUGCGUGCAUACUGUGAGAGUGACUCAGAAUACCGGCAUAUUCUGCCAUUCCUGGAGAAUGAGGAUUACCCGUAUGAACCAUUAAAGAACAAAAUUAAAGUUCUGCAGUUUUUGGUGGACCAAUUCUUGGCAACAAAUAUCGCCCGAGAGGAGCUUAUGUCAGAAGGAGUAGUUGCCUACGAUGACCACUGCAGGGUGUGUCAUCGUCUCGGUGACCUGCUGUGCUGUGAGACAUGUUCAGCUGUUUACCAUUUGGAGUGUGUGAAGCCUCCAUUGCAGGAAGUGCCAGAGGACGAGUGGCAGUGUGAGGUGUGUGUGGCGCACAAGGUACCCGGUGUGGCAGACUGCAUCCCUGAAGUGCAAAAGACAAAACCGUGUCUUCGUCAGCUACCUGUUGGAUAUGACCGACACCACCGUAAAUACUGGUUCCUGAAUCGCAGACUUGUUAUUGAAGAGGAAGGUGAACAGGAGGAUAAAACCAUCUGGUACUACAGUGCCAAGGUCCAGCUAGCUGAGCUGAUAGAGCGCUUGGAUAAGGAAUACUGGGAGGCCGACCUUUAUGCAGCCCUUGAGGAGAUAAGAGAUGAGGUGCACGCUCAUAUGGAUAUUACUGAAGAUCUAACCAACAAGGCUCGAGGCAGCAACAAGUGUUUUCUUACUGCUGCAAAUGAGGAGAUCCUGGAGCGACUGCGCGCUAAGAAAGAGGAGGAGCUGGAGGAGGUAAAAAGACGAGCUGCUGAGGAGGCCCAGAAAGCGCGGAUGGAAAAGGAGAAGGAGGCAGAAGUGGAGAAGCAAGAUGAAAAGACGGAGCUUAAGGACGAGGGGCAACAGGAUGGAGGGAUGAAGGAAGAGCCAGAGACCAAAGAAGAGCUCACACAGGAAAAUAAGGAUUGUGUUGCAAGUAAAGCUUCCUCCACUGGCCUGGAAGGCGGCAGCAUCCCAGAUGAACCUGUUCCCCCAUCAGCCUCUCUUCCAACACAAUCCUCCUCUGUCAGCUCUGGUCUGGCCACUGCGAUGCCAAAGCCCGUAACGUCCACUGUGGAGGUCCGGUCAGAAGGAUGUACCAGCGUGGAGGUGUCUAACAAAGCCGAAGAAAACGCAUCGUCAGUUUCCGUCCCUGUUUAUGGAGAUGUCAUCCCCACCCUGACUCAUCCCUCUGAGGAGAACAGUAACAGCAGCUUAGGGACCGGUGUCCCACCCAGAGUUCCCGAACCCCCAGACUUAGCAGACAGGUCCUCUCAGUCCUCUAUGGCAAGCCUUGAUGACGCAGGGGAUAGUAAAGAUUCAACCAAUGGGGACGCAGCAAAUCUCAGCAGUAAGAAGUCUUCGUCCACUCGAAUGGUGACCCGACUGAGGAAUCCAGACAGCAAGCUGAGUCAGCUGAAAAAUCAACAGGUUGCAGCUGCUGUUCAUGAAGCCAACAGGGGCUUCAAGGAGGGCAAAGAGGUACUGGUAGUAAAUGCACAAGGCGACAUCACCCGGGUAAGCACACGCAGCAGCAAAGAGGUGGUGAUGAAGGGAACCCUCAGCCAGUACUUCAAACUUGGUCAGGAGGGCAAGUAUCGCGUCUACUAUAACCAGUUCAGCUCCAAUCUUCUGGCCCUCAACAAGCACCAGCACAGAGAGGACCAUGACAAGAGGCGACACCUCUCCCACAAGUUUUGCAUGACAACAGCGGGGGAUUUUAAAUGGAACGGGUCUAUUCACGGCUCUAAGGUUCUGACCAUCUCCACAUUGAGACUCACCAUCAUCCAGCUUGAGAACAAUGUCCCAGCACCAUUCAUGCACCCUAACUGGGCCUCACACAGGACCAAUUGGAUCAAAGCUGUUCAGAUGUGCAGUAAGGCUCGAGAAUUUGCUCUGGCUUUGGCCAUCCUGGAGUGUGCCAUCAAACCUGUGGCUCUGCUGCCUGUCUGGAAAGACUCACUGGGUCAUACAAGGUUAAAUCGCAUGACAUCAAUGGAGCGUGAAGAGAAAGAGAAAGUGAAGAAGCGAGAAAAGAAGCUGGAAGAUGAGGAGACGAUGCAACAAGCAACCUGGGUCAAAUACACAUUUCCAAUCAAGCACCAGGUGUGGAAGCAGAAAGGAGAGGAGUAUCGUGUUACAGGUUAUGGAGGCUGGAGUUGGAUCAGUAAGACCUACGUACCACGCUUUGUACCCAAGCUUCCUGGCAACACUAACGCCAACUACCGCAAAGAACUGGAAGAUGCUAAAUUAGGCAAGAAAUGUUCUCUGCUGGACUUGAGUCGACGGCCCAGUAUAAUCGCACCAGAGACUCAGGACAGUGCUGCUGUAAGCAGUGAAGCAAAAGAUCAAAACUUCACAUGUCUCUCUAAGCCACUUGCUGAAGAGGUGGACCCCACAGAGAAGGUGGAGGAAACAAAGGAAGAACUGAAUGACAAAGAGACUAAGACAGAGUCGUCGUCUGCAGAGGAGUUUCCUGCAAAUAUGGAAGUGGAUCUGAAAGAGACAUCAAAAGAAAAGCAAGAGUACAGUCAUGAAGAAAAGGUUUCCCUGAAAGAGGAACCAAUAGAUGACUCUCAGCGGCCUUUCAACUACGAUGUUGUAGAUGUCUGCAAGGGCUUCCUUACCCGCAUCGCCUACAAGAAGGUGAAGACCUCCAAGCUGGACGGCCUGCUGGAGCGCAGAGUCAAGCAGCAUGUGAUUGAAGAGAGGCAAAGACAGCAGCUUUCUGCCUCCAAACCACUGCUGUCUUCACCAGUUCCAGUUCCAUCUUAUACAGGCCCCGCUUUGAGCACACCAGUUAGGCCGCAGUCACCGCUCAGGCCCCGCAUUCUCACGCAGACUCAGUGCACACUGGGGGAAGCUGCGGAAGUGGAGGAGAAACCUUCCACGACACAAACUCCAAGAGAUCCUGGAGGACAAGAGGAAGGAGAGAGUGCUGCUGAGCUCUCUAACACUCCUUCCCCUGUUUCAGACUCAACACACAAAGGUAGUUGCAACACGGGUACUGGUGAAAACUCAGAUUUACUGCUAGAUCAAACCACCUCCAUGCACCAAGGAAUGGAGGAAAGGACUACAGGGCCAAAAGAAACCAGUCCAGAAAGUUCGGAACAAGAGGGUCAUGUGAAAGAUGCAGAAGAUGGGCGAAUUCAAAGCUCAUUAGAGCAACAAACAGCCUGCAUUGCAUCAAAUGUAACCAAGGCUGAACACCCUGAAAAUGUAGACUCUGACUCUGUAAGGACGCUUUGUAGUAUUCUCGACCAAAAACACAGUCCGACCACAUCUCAUUUUAAGCCCGUUGAGCAAAAUCUAGAAAGUGGAAGCUCUGUGCGUUCUGGCACGGAGGAAAAUGGCUUGGGGCCAGAGGAGAAACAAGACUGCAUGCAGAAUGUUGGAUACAAUGGAACUGUGUCUGAUGGCACUACCAAACCAGUUUCUCUUCAAGUAAAUGGUAACGAUGGUUUGGAAGGUAAAAGCAUUGUGAGUAACUCUGUAAUGAACUUGAAUAAUGGCGUGUUCACAGACGGUCCCAAGUUGAAUAGCAUUGGUAAAGUUGAAGAACAAAAACUGGCUCUGUCACUGAAAGAUAGCACCCAGCUGAAAACUUUAUUAAAUGGAGAUCUGACCCCUGUAAAUAACAGGUUGGUAAAUAAAGAUCCAUGUUUAGACUCUGAGGUAGAGGAACAGGCAAUAAUGUCGGACCAGGACUACAAACCCCCUCUUAAGAUGUCAAGGCUUGAAAACAACAUGGAUCCAGUUGGAGCUAAUACUCUGAGCCUUUUGCAGAACAACAGCACCUCAGCUUUUAAUGCUGUGGAGACGAAACCCACUCCUGUGGCCAAGGUCAUAAGAAUGGCUCCCUCUCCUAUUCCUUCAGCAGAGGAGUCCAGUCUGAGUGACGACUUUGCAGAGGAAAACAGUAACAGUGGGUCAACUGAACAGUUCAAGACCAUCAUUACCCAGGUAACCACGACCUCCACCGCAACGGUUGUCUCCACUGAGACGAGGGUAUCCAGAAUGCAGCUGAAAGCAUCCGGUGAAUCGACGAAACCUGUGUUGGCGACGGAGAGCAGCGCAGUCUCUACCCUCUCUACCAUGACCAAAACUACAGUGACCAAAAUCUCUUCCUCCGAACUCGAUAGUCAGUCAGAAGACAGCCAGAGUGAAGUAGUGAUGCAGGAACAGGAAACAACACAGUCUGCCUCUAUUUGUGAGUCAACAACAGUCACUGGUGGUAAAACUACAGUCUCGUCUAUCGCCGUGAGCCAGGAAGACUCGUCGACAAAGGGCUGUGUGCGACUUCUCAAAUUCUCUCGCACAAAGAAAACGCGCUCUGACACAGCUCUUCCUUCUUACCGAAAGUUUGUCACCAAGAGCAGCCGGAGGAGCAUUUUCGUGCUGCCCUACGACGACGUGAAAGUGCUGGCGAGGCGAGGCGGAUUCCGAGAAGUUCCUGUAUUUAGUUACAAUGCCAAACCUGCUCAGGAUAUCUGGCCGUACCCCUCGCCCAGACCUACAUUUGGUAUCACUUGGAGGUACCGGUUGCAGACGGUGAAGUCUCUGGCUGGAGUGAGCCUCAUGCUGAGACUUUUGUGGGCUUGUCUGAGAUGGGACGACAUGGCUGUGAAACCGUCUGCUGCUGUUGGCACAACACGCACAGCCCUAUCCCCACUCAUUGCUACAGAAACAUCAGAUACUGAAAUCACCACCACCGAGAUCAUAAAACGACGAGAUGUGGGACCUUAUGGUCUUCGCUCCGAAUAUUGUAUCCGCAAAAUCAUCUGCCCCCUGGGAGUUCCUGAGACUCCAAAAGAAACGCACACUCCCCAGAGAAAAGGUCUGCGCUCCAGUGCCCUGCGCCCUAAGAAGCCCGAACCCACCAAACAGACGGGUCCAGUGGUGAUAGAGACGUGGAUUCCUGAAGAGGAGCUGGACCUUUGGGAGAUACGAGCUUUCUCAGAAAGGGUGGAGAAAGAGAAAGCUCAAGCAGCAGAGCAGGCAAAAAAACGUCUUGAACAGAAAUCAGGGUCAGUCACAGCUACACCAGCAGGAAGUACUGCAACGCCUGCUGCCACGCCAAAGGUCAUUGUUGGCUCCAUUUCAGGCCAGGGCACUCCCAGUGCCAAAGUGGUGCUGUCCACCAAGAUGUGCACCCCCGUCACAUUCCAGCAGAACAAAAACUUCCAGCAGUCCUUUGCCACCUGGGUCAAACAGGGUCAAAGCUCACAAGGAGCAGGCGCAGAGACCACCGUGGCCACAUCUAGUGGACAUACAUUACACAUAACAGGAACCUCAGCCAGUGGAAAGGUUGUGACCACAAAGCUGCCGCUACCUGCCAACAGCAAGAUCGUCACAGUUAAUGUGCCAACGACACAAGGAGGUGUGGUUCAGCAGAAAGUGUUGGGCAUCAUCCCGUCCAGUACGGCAGGUGGUUCCCAAACCUACACCACAUUCCAGCCACGCACUACCACGCUUAAUAUCAAGCCUAAUACUACCGGCUCCCAACAGCAGGUUCUAGCAGGUAAUGGUCAGAUUCGUCCAGGAAUGACAAUGAUACGAACCCCAAUCCAGCAGACGGGAGCAGUUGGAAAGACAAUUCUUCGUACACCCCUCGUGGUCCAGCAAGGUCAGAGUGGACAGCAGGUAGUGACACAGAUAAUCCGUGGCCAGCCAGUUUCCACGGCAAUAUCUGCUGCCAGUCCUGUCACCGCAGGAACUUGUCAGGGUGUUGCCAGUCCCAACGCAGCAGUCCAAACACCUCCUGGCGUGCCACGGCCGCCGGGCCAAGGCCAGGUUAAACUCACUAUGGCCCAGCUGACACAGCUCACUCAGAAGCAGCAGGCUAGUUCGGACCGACUGGCUGGUGUUGGUAGUCCUCCACAGGCUUUGACUGUGAUGGUUCAAGGCCAGGGUCAGACCACCGGCCAGCUGCAGCUUAUACCUCAAGGGGUCACCGUCAUUCCAGGACCUGGCCAACAACUCAUGCAGGCAGCACUGCCCAAUGGCCAGGUGCAGCGGUUCCUCUUCACCCCUCUAGCCGCUGCAGCUACACCUGCAUCAAGCACAGCCGCUACAACUUCCAGCCAGUCCAUCUCCAACCCCAACAAAGCCCCAACGCAGCCUGGACAGCAGACUGUUGCUCCAGUCCAGGCAGGGACAUCUCCACUGUCCAUUGCUAGCACCCAGUCAUCAGCUACUCAUCAGAGCCAGUUACCCACUCUGACGCAGGCCCAUAUGCCCAUUCAGUCUCCCACUUCACUGCAGGUCAAAGCUCAGGGGGGAACAUCCCAGCUGCAGCUACAGCAGAACCCCCAGAUCAUCAGCAUGUCUGGACUACAGCAACAGGUACAGGUUCUGGCACAGCUACAGACUCAACAGGGUGGAGGUUCUCUGCCACAGCACAUCAAACUACAGCUUCCCAUCCAGAUACAACAGAGUGGAACCACUUCAGCUCAGGGGGGACAGAUUGGAAAUGUAGUUACCAUCCAGGCAGCAUCUGUCCAAGAGCAACUGCAGAAGAUCCAGCAAUUAAGAGAGCAGCAGCAGCAGAGGAAGAAACAAGCGGCCGAAGCAAAGCGAGAGCUCGCCCUCAACGCAGUCAACCAGAGCGACGUUAUUCAGAAACAGGUGGUUAUGAAACAAAAUGCUGUGAUCGAGCACCUUAAGCAGAAGAAGACUAUAACUCCUGCAGAAAGAGAAGAAAAUCAGAGGAUGAUUGUGUGCAACCAAGUGAUGAAGUACAUCCUGGACCGAAUAGACAAAGAUGAGAGGCAGGCGGCCAAGAGGAGAAAAAAGGAAGAGGUUGUGGAGGCCAAGAGGAGGUUAGCUAACGCUAGCAAGCUCUCAAUGCUUCUUUACAGACACAAAGAGAGCCUCAAGAUGGAGAUUCUGAAGAAGCGGGCGCUUCUUGACAAGGAACUGCAGCUGGAGGCUCAGGAGGAGUUAAAGAGGGACCUGUUGCGGAUGCGAAGGGAGAAGGAAAAGGCUCAUGCAGCAGCUCUCCAGGCAGCUCAGGUGGCUGCAGCUGCGGCAGCCCACAGUCAGAAACAUCAAACUCUGAUCCACAAACACGUUUCUUCAAAGCACCACUUCACCACAACCGUCACCUCCACACACAAGAGGAAACGGGAAGAGGAAAGCGAGAUGGCUACAGCAGCCAAGUCCAAGAAGAAGAAGAUGAUCUCUACAACAAGCACAAAGGAGAGCAAGAAGGAUGUAAAGCUGUACUGCAUCUGCAAGACGCCCUACGAUGAGACCAAAUUUUAUAUUGGUUGCGACCUUUGCACUAACUGGUAUCAUGGAGACUGUGUGGGCAUCACAGAGAAGGAGGCGAAGAAGAUGGACGACUACAUCUGUGUGGAGUGUAAACGGGGUCAAGAGGGCAGCACGGAGGAACUGUACUGCAUCUGUCAGACUCCAUAUGACGAGUCUCAGUUUUACAUCGGCUGUGAUCGAUGUCAGAACUGGUACCACGGACGCUGUGUGGGGAUCCUGCAGAGCGAGGCCAACCACAUCGAUGAGUAUGUGUGCCCACAGUGUCAGUCCACAGAGGACGCCAUGACGGUCUUCACGCCGCUCACCGAUAAGGACCACGAAGGCCUGCGAAGGAUCCUGCGUUCCUUACAGGCACAUAAAAUGGCAUGGCCAUUCUUGGAGCCAGUGGACACGAAUGACGCCCCUGAUUAUUACAGGGUGAUCAAGGAACCAAUGGACUUGUCCACCAUGGAGGAGAGGUUACACAAACGGGGGUACGUCAAGCUGACAGAAUUUGUAGCAGACAUGACCAAAAUCUUUGACAACUGCCGAUACUACAAUCCCAGCGACUCGCCCUUUUACCAGUGUGCCGAGGUUCUGGAGAACUUCUUCGUCCAGAAGCUCAAAGGCUUUAAAGCCAGCAGAUUGUGAUGUCUAACUCCAGGGUGCCGGGGGUCACUCUUAAACAUAACUUAAUUUUUUUUUUUUUAUCUCGGAUGUUGCUGUUUUUACUUGUUUAAAACAGCAUUAAAGACUUUGUAAGAACGUGGCCACACAAUAGGUGUGAUGAUUUUUUUUAUUAUUAUUUUAAAAACUAACAAG